CAAACCAAUACAGAGUCUCUGCGGAUCCGAUCAGAAUCCAGAACAUUUACAUUUUUUUUCUGACUUCCGAAAAUUUCCAGCUCGAGAGCUUCUCGAAAAAAUUUCGCUCCUUUUUCAAGGGAUGUAUGCAAAAUGCUGCUUUGGAGGAUUAUAUAUCAGGUACCCAGUAAAUAAGUAACAGAGUCACAGAGAUGGACACGUACUAAUUGAAAGUCUGAUAUUCUCCUAAAAGGUGGAUUUGUGCAUCGAGAAAUGCUGUCCAGCUAACAAUGGGAAUAGAUGAAGAGAGUGGCUUUCAUGAGUCUAAUUCAGUUCCAAGGGAAGCUGAAUGUAGAACCAGUACUAAUCUGACAGGAUCCCCGGAUGGCGACAAUUUAGAGACAUUUAGGGAGAAUGAUGAAACAGAAGAGGGUGAACACAUACAGGAUAUGGAUCUUGAAAGUGACCCAGAACAGGAACAAACCGUCAUUACAGAGAGUCUCAAGUUAUCCACGGAGAUGCCAAACGAAGUUAAGCCUGAAAAGUCUUCUGAUAAUGUUUGUCCACCUACCACAACUAAUGUCACUGUUAGCAAGGUUCUAAUAGAUGAUAGCCCUAUAACAGGAGUUAAGAGAGCUCGAGUGACAUAUGAGGAUAAUCAGCCAUGUGUUCGUGUAGUUUAUAACUCCCUUUCAAGAGAAAGCAAGAAAAAGCUUAUGGAACUUAUGCAGCAGUGGUCGGAGUGGCAUGCUCUAGCCAAGUCUUCUUCCUCUGUAAACUCAGAGGAGGCCUUAGAAUGUGGCGAAGAAAUAUAUUUUCCUGCACUUAAUGUGGGCUCAAAGAAGACUACUGCUGUGUCUUUUUGGGUAGACAAUCAAGCAAGAAAUGAAGAUACUAAGAACAUACAGCUGGAUCAUGACUCCAUUCCUCUUUAUGAUCGUGGGUACACAUCGGUUACAACUUCGCUUGGUGGUGUAGGUGGCUUUGAAAGGAUAGAAACCCUAGAAGCUUCACGCUGUUUCAAUUGUAGCUCCUAUGGUCAUUCACUCAAGGAGUGCCCCAAGCCCCGAGAUAGUUCUGCAAUUAGCAUUGCUCGCAAGCAGCACAGUGCAAAACGGAAUUUUACAACGGGAUCUCGGGUUCAAGUUCGAUAUUAUCAGAAAUCUCAAGGAAAAUAUGAUGAUCUGAGACCUGGAGUCCUUGGGCCUGAAACUAGAGACUCCUUGGGUAUUGGGGAAUUUGAUCCACCUCCUUGGCUCAAUCGGAUGCGUGAAUUGGGAUACCCGCCAGGUUAUCUAGAUGUUGAAGAUGAUGAUCAACCUUCUGGAAUCGAAAUAUUUGCCGAUGACACCAAAGUGGAGUACGAGGAUGGAGAAAUCCCCGAAAAAGGUGAUCCAGUACAACCACCAGAGAGGACAAAGAUGACCGUCGAAUUCCCUGGAAUCAAUGGACCCAUCCCUGAGAAUGCUGACCAACGCCGCUGGGCCCAGCCCUCAAACUCAUUCAGAAACCGACCACAGAGAGGACAGUACUCUGACCAAUUCCGAGGAAAUUACCACCACGAUCGCUACAGGGAUGACGGUCAAAGUAUGGGUUCAGGUUUUCCUGCACACAGUUAUUCGCCAAGGUAUGGUGCAUAUGAGCAUAGCAAUUCUUCGAAUGCAGGGAGGAGUCCCGCGUUUGGUAGAUCACUUUCUGAUCGAGGUUGGCAGAAUCACUCAUCUGGGUACGAUAAUAGAUUUCCACCACCACCACCAGGUCACAGUCCAUCGGCAAGCCUUGAUCGGUGGCCUCAUGGUGGGACCCCUUCACAGUCACAGGGAGAGAGGCGAGAACGGCAAUCUCACCACGACCAGAGGCGAAAUCACAGGAACUGAGUUGUAAGUUUUGACAUGAUCUUUUCCCCUGUAUUCUGUCGUUGCUUAUUUGAAGAUGGAAAAGUUCUACUUAGUAUUCAUGUAGUUUUGUGAGUUGAUAGUUACAAUGAUGUUGUUGAUUCUGUCCAGUUUCUUGGUUGUCAUCCAAUUGAGUGGGUGCAUGAUAUUGUACAUGAGUUGUUGUAAGCUUUAACAUCUUACUUUUUUACCGUGUCAUGUAACAUUUUGGAAUAGCAGUUCUCCUCACAAUGUUGUUGAUUCUGUUCAGUUUCUUGGUUGUCAUCCAAUUAAGUUGGUGGAUGCAAUAUUGUACAUGACUUCUUGUAAGCUUUAACACCUUCACACAUUUUUACUAUGUACAAUAACAUUUCUCAUUUGUGAAGGAAGAUGGAGCAGUUCUAGUUAGUAGUCGUGAAUUCCUGAGAGCAAUAUUGAACA